AUUUUGAACUAACGAGAGACGGUUAGAACUUCAAAACAGUCGGAAGAGAGUAGAAAACGUUAACGAAAAUUAAAGAGGGACACAUUAACGAUUCUGAGUCAGGAGAAUCUGCAGCACAAUGAGGAAAAGUGAAGUUUUAGCUGCAGAGUCUGUGGCAUGCUUGAAUAAAGCACUGUCCCAUCUAAAGGAUAUCUGGGAAGAGAUUGGAAUCUCUGAGGAUCAGCGUCUGGAAAGAACUGAAGUAGUUAAUAAACAUAUUAAGGGUCUUUUAAAUAUGAUGAUUGCAGAGGAAGAAAGCCUUAAGGCACGUCUGCUGAAGAGCAUCACAGUGUGUCGCAAGGAACUUGACUCAGUUUGUGUGGAAUUACAGCUUGCACCAUUUGAGGAAGAAGAAGGAAGUACAAUUCUUCAGACAGAGAAAGAUAUUCGCACACGGUUGGAAGUCAUGAAGAAGCAAAAAAGAGACCGAAUGCAAGAGCUGAAGAACUUAAAAGAGCAGGAACUAGAUCUAUGUGACAUUCUCAGUGUAGAGCCUUACAGCAUUCAAGAUAAUUGUGUCCCCAGCUUGGAUGAACUUGGUUGCUACCGUCAGUAUAUUGCAAGUCUGAAUGAAGAAAAGGUACGUCGCACACAUGAAUUUAUUAAUAUUAAAAAGAAAAUUGUUAUAAAUAUGGAGGAACUGGAGCACUUGCCAGACACUAGUUUUGAGAGAGAUGUUGUAUGCGAGGAUGAAGAUGCCUUUUGCUUGUCGACGGAUAAUAUUGCUGCUUUGAAACAGUUGCUGAAUCAGCUGGAAGCUCAAAAAUUGGACAAUGAAGCUGUCUGCAAAUCCUAUCGAAACAAGGUCCUAGAGUUGUGGGACAGGCUUCAAAUUCCCCAGGAAUUCAGGGACAGUUUUUCUUGUCAGUUUACCGACUAUAGGAAAAAAGACAUUCAGGCAUUAAAGGAUGAACUUGAACGCCUUGAAGACCUAAAGAUGCAGAAUAUUCAAAAUGUUAUUAAAACAAUCAGGGAAGAGAUUGCCUUGUAUUGGGAAAAGUGUUUCAUCAGCAGUGCACAGAGGAAAGCCUUUACAGCCUAUUAUGAUGAGGUGUAUACGGAAGACCUUUUGUAUGUGCAUGACAGUGAAAUUUUACAACUAAAACAAUACUACAGUGAUCAUGCAGAGCUGUUUGAAGGAGUAUGCAAAUGGCAGGAGAACUGGAAGGUGUAUUUGGAAUUGGAGGCCAAAGCCACAGAUCCAUCACGGUUCAAUAAUCGAGGGGGAAACCUUUUGAAAGAAGAGAAGCAGAGAGCUGAUCUACUCAAACUUUUGCCAAAGUUGGAAAAGAAGUUGAAAGCAGAGAUUGAUACUUGGGAAGGUAAAAACAGUCAAGAGUUCCAAGUGAAUGGUCAGAAGUUUUUGCAGUUUGUUGAAGAGCAAUGGGAGAUGCAUCGACUGGAUAAAGAACGAGAAAAGCAGGAAAGGCAAAUGAAGAAAAAUAAACAGAUAGAGGAAGAGAUGCUUUAUGGCACUGUUAUCAAAACCCCAGCCAAAAGGAGACUUUUGGGUGCUAACACUCCGGGAAAAGCACGAAAGUUGAAUGCUACUUCCAACAGCACUAUGCGCUCGGCUGUUUGUGGGGUACUUUCUUUUUCUCCUAAGUCUCGUGCAUCUCCAUGUGGAAGUAAGUUGGGGCAACCACUGAGAACUGCAGUACGCAGCAAACCUCCUCUGGCUGGACAAGCAGAAGACAACAAGGAAAACUUAUCACACUUUAAUGGAACUACAAAGAGUGGUGCGUUAAAAAGUGGACCUAAUCAGCACCAGCAUUUCAGCAUUAAUUCUGUUGCUGGCUCCUAUUCAGAAUUUGCGAAAGAACUUUCAAAGGCCUCAAAAUCUAACUAUGUGCCUCGAAUCCUCAAUUCUACGGUGACUAAUAGUAACUAAUAUGAAGCAACAUGGACUGGAUCCCUUGAAGAAUCAUCUCUCCAAGACUUGCUCAACACUAUUGUAAACUAACUUUGUCAUAUUUCUAUAUGACUUGAACAAAUUAAUUGUGUCAGAACUGCACAGUAUAAUCCAGCAGACUAAUAGUCCUGUUUGAUUAUAUUUGCAGUGGCUUUCACUCACACUGUAAACUAAGAAGAUUUAAGUAAACACUAUUGUCUGUAUCUAAAAGAUGUUUUGAAUUAUCCUAAAGCAACACAUACAAGAGUAAUGUUGUUGCAAAAGGAGUUUUAGUUAAAAACUUUUAGCUUAUUUUACAAAAUACAAGUUUGUAUUAAUGAAUGCAAUACAGUUUCUAAUCUGGUUCUGUAUGCAUGUAUACCAUUAAUCCAAUUAUUUGCACAUUUGGCACCGCGUUUGUAUUAAUAAUUUACUUUAUUAUUUAUUCCUAAUGUGCCUAUUCUUAUGUUUUAAGGGUCUUCCUAGGACUGUCACUUUAGGUUCCAGCUAAGACAGUUUUUGUUUAUUAUUUGUUAGGCAAUUUAUGCAGAAAGCUGAAACAAUGUAAAUAAUUCUGUAGCUUAAAUUAGUACACGUUGCUCUUGUAAAAUUGUAAUAGGAUGUUUGUAUAAAAUUGAGCAACUAUAGAAUGGGAAAAGAAUUUGCUUGAAUUUGCUGCAAGAUAUAUAAAAUAUUUAUAUUUUUGAGUUAUAUUUAAAUUGCAUUCCUUUUAAAAUUUUAGUUGUAAUGCACAGUGUAAAUUUGUUUUUUUUUUUAUUCAUAGGAUUCUGUAGAUAAUACAGCUAAAGAGUAUUAUAUUAUUCUAAUGAACGGUUUCUGCACACUACUUGUUUAAAUGGGGAACCAAUCAAAAGGCUUGCCUCACAUGUAUGGGAGCUGGAUGCUUGCUGGUUUUGCGCAUGGCCAUGUACAAGUAUAUUGUAUGCCUGGUUCCCAAACCUGACUGUUAUGAUGAAGAGUAUGAGUGGCAUCUAUUGCUGUCAAUGUGUACUUGGUUGCUGAAUACACUGGAGCUACUAAAUAAACACUUGGCAUUGGAAUCCUGUUGUUGUGGGAGUAGGCCACUCUAGCCAAUAUGGAGAAAAAGCAAGACAAAUGGGGUCUAAAAUGUUAUAUAUUUUUUUGGUUAAAUAUAACAUUUAGUAUUGUUUACCAGCACAAGAAUCUCACCCCAGAACUGCAAGUAUUGCAUGAGUGCGGUAUUUACUGCUAGAACCUGUAUAGCUGUGUGAUGAUGUAUUGCAAGACAAGCUGACAUGUAGCACGGUAACUGAGUAGUAAUUGAAUCCCUCCCAUUUGCUUACAGAAGGCAAUGAAGCAACAGAAAAAAGGAGUUAUAGUAUUUGCUGUAAUUUCUAGUAAAGCAACCAUAUUACUAGCAGACAGGGAAUGCCUGUUAACCCACUUAUUCUGAAGUCUUGCCACAAAAAUGAUUAAUGUUUAUUUGUUUGUGUAUCACAGAAGCCACUGUAGUUAUUGGGUAGAGAAGCAUGCAGAGUUGUUUUACAGAGUAAGACAUCAUUCAGUAUUAGUGAUGAAAAUGCACACACCAGCCCCAGCUGUAUCCUUUAUGGAUAAAAUCCCAAGACACCUUAAUCUAUGAUGGGUGCUCUGUUGGCUGUUAUUGACUAGAGGCCUUGAGCAGAAACCGAUUAACCUAGCCUCAUCAGACCACCUAAUGUAUGACCCCACAGUAGGGAUCAAACAUAUAUAAGGCAGCUGACCCUAGCCAUCAUAAAAAAAAAAAAA